GGGCAUAGGCACUCACCAAGGCCUAUAGAAAAUUGACGCGUAAGCGGAACGCGUGCUUCUACGUUACGUGAAGAUAAUUAGCGACAAACUGACAUUGUCCUCACCGAACCCAACUGAACCUCUCUUUUAACCCUAAAGCUUCUUUAAAAACCCAAGCCUCAAUACCUUCUCAAAUCCCAUUCCAAAAUUAAACUCACUUCUACUCUCUUUCUCUUCUCCGUAUUCAGAUCCUUCUGACCAAGUAUAGUGACCAUGUCUCAGACUGUUGUUCUUAAGGUUGGCAUGGCGUGUCAAGGCUGUGUAGGGGCAGUGAAAAGGGUUUUAGGCAAAAUGGAAGGUGUAGAGUCAUUUGACAUUGAUAUUAAGGAGCAAAAAGUGACGGUAAAAGGCAACGUGCAGCCAGAAGCAGUUCUACAGACGGUUUCCAAGACUGGUAAGAAGACUUCCUUUUGGGAAGCAGAAGCACCGGCAGAACCAGAUGCCAAUCCUGCAGAAGCAAAGCCAGCUGAACCAGAAGCAAAGCCAGCAGAACCAGAAGCAAAGCCAGCUGAGCCAGAAGCAAAGCCUGUUGAAGCUGUUGCUGUUGCUUAAUGUGGUCUCUCCAAUAGCUCUAUUGGAAUAAAAUGUGUGUUGAUUGGUUAAUUUGGUGAACUUCUUAUGAAUAGUUAAUGAGUGUUUAGCAUGCCUUCACUUGCCUGUAAGCUACAAUAAUUUCUUGCGUGCUUUUCCAAUAUAAAUUUUAUGUACUAUAUAUUAGUUUAUAAAUAGAAAGUGUGUUCCUUAUGAUA